CCCACAACUUCUGGUCUUCUACCAUAAAACCCCCACAUACCCUUCCAUUCUCUUCACUUCUGCACUCAAAACUUCUUUCCAUUUGUCAUCUCUAACAUUCUCAUUCAAUGGCUUCUCCUUCUACUUCAAAUCUCUCACCAAAGUUGCUCUUGGUCUCUGUUCUGUUUGGGUCCUUGGUGAUUGCUUCUGUUGGUAACUUGCACAAAGAUUUUGAUAUCACUUGGGGUGAUGGCAGAGCUAAGAUCCUCAACAAUGGACAGCUUCUCACUCUCUCCCUUGACAAAACCUCUGGGUCUGGCUUCCAGUCCAAGAAUGAGUAUAUGUUUGGGAAGAUUGAUAUGCAGCUGAAGCUUGUGCCUGGAAACUCAGCUGGCACUGUCACUGCCUACUAUCUAUCUUCGCAAGGACCUACCCAUGAUGAGAUAGACUUUGAAUUCUUGGGGAAUCUCAGUGGUGAUCCAUACAUUCUUCACACUAAUGUGUUCAGCCAAGGCAAGGGCAACAGAGAACAGCAGUUCUACCUCUGGUUUGACCCAACUGCUGAUUUCCACUCCUAUUCCAUCCUUUGGAACCCCCAGCGGAUUAUCUUCUCUGUGGAUGGCACCCCCAUCAGAGAGUUCAAGAACUCUGAGUCCAUAGGUGUUCCAUACCCAAAGAACCAGCCCAUGAGGAUAUACUCCAGUCUCUGGAAUGCAGAUGACUGGGCAACAGGAGGUGGGCUCGUCAAGACAGACUGGACCCAAGCCCCCUUCACUGCUUCCUAUAGGAACUUCAACGCAGAUGCUUGCAUCUGGUCUUCUGGAGCAUCUUCUUGCAGUUCUACUACUCCCUCCUCUACCUCCACCAGUGGUCAGUGGUACUCACAAGAGCUAGAUUCCACAAGCCAAGAGAGAAUGAAAUGGGUACAGAAGAAUUACAUGAUCUACAAUUACUGCACAGACACAAAGCGAUUCCCACAAGGCCUUCCUCCUGAAUGCACUGCCACCACCAUGUCUUAGAAGGAAUGGAAUCUAUGCCCAUUCAAUCAGAUAGUUUGCUUCUGAAGUUUCCUUCAGUUCUAUUCUUUCAUUCUUUUAUCAUUUUAGUUGCUAUUACAACAGCAGAAACAUUGUAUUGUUUACAUUGUAAUAUAUGACACAAUUCAAAUAAGAAAAGAUUCUUUAUGAAUGAAAUGCACUAUUCUUGGAGCCUCAA